UUUCAACCUCAAUUGGGCGCUCGAACACAUGUGUAACCGACGAGACGAAACCCUGAGCCCGGAGACGGCACCACGCUUAUAGCACGACCCAGGGGCGGUAAACAGUCAAUUGCGCCCUUUCCCAUUUCCAGCGCCGGCUCCCGCUCCGACCUCCGGUCUCCCACGAUCCGGGAGAGGCGCAUCGCAUACAAAAGGACAAGCCAAAGGCUGCAGCAAGACCAGCCAUGGGGAAACUCCCCGCCACCAUCCUCCGCCGACCCUCCCUGGCAGGAACAGGAAGCUACCUUUCCUCCACGACGACGACGACGACCUCCUCCUCCUCCGACACAAUCCUCGCCUCACCACCAUCACAAUGCACAAGACCACGGUUUAGCCAAGUCGGCAACCAAGUGCGGCACGCGACCUUUGUGCCGCGGCCCCGGCGGCCCUACACCUUCACGCAGCUGGUGCAGCUCUCGGACGGGUCGACCUUCACGGUGCGAACGACGUCGCCGCUGGCACUGUACAAGUCGGCCAAGGACUCGCGCAACCACAUCCUGUGGCAGCCGUCGGAGAAGUCGCUCCGGAACGUCGAGGUGGACGAGGCCGGCAAGCUGGCCGCCUUCCGCGAGCGGUACGGUAACGCGUGGGACUUGGACGUUGUGAAGCCAGACGAGACUGGUGCUCCUGCUGCUGCUCCUACUGCUGCUGCUGCUCCACCCGCCGCGGCACCGGGGGCGCCUGCGGAUCAGAAGGCUGCUGGGCAAGAGGAGAAGACGGCGCAGGAAGCCAAGCCAAAAGCGGCAAAGCCACCGGCAGAGGCGGAGGCGGCACCGGCGCCGGCGGAAGACCAGUUUGAUUCUCUUGUGGACCUCAUCAGCGCGUACGCAACGGAGGACAAGAACGUCAAGGGCGGGUUGAGCGCCAAGGACCAGGCGAAGAAGGAUAAGAGCGGCAAGAAGAAAUAGAGAAGCACACGGGGAUAGAGGGGAUGUUGGGAAACGUGUAACAUAGAAAACCGAUCUUGUAUUUUCGAUGGGCCCGCCAGUCCUGCCAGUUGCCGGCAUACCUGUCUGUAUAGAGACGGAUUGGGUGAACCAGAAGAAGGCUACCGCAGCAGCAUGCGGAUACGGCUAUGUAUAAUACAAUGGCAACACG